GCAGUCACACGCAUUUUUACCUAACAGGUGUAUUAUUGCAUUUAAAUAAACACACGUGUAAACCUAACACAAAGUGUGUUUUUAACUUAUAACCGAAUUCAAUUAAUUCAAUUAAAAGCUUAAACGUAACGAUGUCGUCCGGCAACGGUUAUGUGCGUCCCGCUGACUUUAUUGAUCCUGGCAAGCCAUCCAAGUGCACCUGGCAUCUGGGCACAACGGAGCAAACGCCACAUACUCAACGUGGCUUUGCAAAAUGCCAGAAAAUCACGCCGAAUAUUUUGGAAGCCAUUGGCUGCACGCCGCUGGUCAAGCUGAAUAGAAUACCCGCCAUGGAGGGCAUUGAGUGCGAGAUGUAUGCCAAGUGCGAGUUUCUGAAUCCCGGCGGUUCAGUUAAGGAUCGCAUUGGUUAUCGCAUGGUGCUGGAUGCCGAGGAGAAGGGUCUGCUUAAGCCUGGCUAUACCAUCAUUGAGCCCACGUCUGGCAAUACGGGCAUUGGUCUGGCUAUGGCCAGUGCCGUUCGAGGCUACAAGUGUAUUAUUGUUAUGCCCGAGAAGAUGUCCAAUGAGAAGGUUUACGCUUUGCGUACACUUGGCGCCACAAUCAUACGCACGCCGACAGAGGCGGCCUUUGACUCACCCGAGGGCUUGAUCUAUGUGGCCCAGCAGCUGCAACGCAAGACACCCAACUCCAUUGUGUUGAACCAGUAUACCAACGCGAGCAAUCCUCUGGCGCAUUACGAUGGCACGGCAGCAGAGAUUCUCUGGCAGCUGGACAAUAAGGUGGAUAUGGUGGUGAUAGGCGCAGGCACUGCUGGCACUAUCUCUGGCAUUGGACGCAAGAUCAAGGAGCAGUUGCCUAGCUGCCGCAUUGUAGGCGUAGAUCCCUACGGCUCUUUGCUGGCCAGUCCGCCAGAGCUUAACAAGACUGAUGUGCAAUUCUAUGAGGUUGAAGGCAUUGGCUAUGACUUUCCACCUACUGUCUUCGACCGGGACGUCGUGGAUGUGUGGAGCAAGAUUAGGGAUGCAGAUUGCUUCCCCAUGUGCCGUCGCCUCAAUGCCGAGGAGGGUCUGCUGUGCGGCGGCUCCAGCGGCGGUGCCAUGACUAUGGCCCUGGAGCAUGCACGCACCCUCAAAGCUGGCCAGCGUUGUGUCGUCAUCUUGCCCGAUGGCAUUCGCAACUACAUGACCAAAUUUGUCUCUGACAAUUGGAUGGAGGCGCGUGGCUUUAAGCAGCCAGUUAACGAGCAUUGCCAUUGGUGGUGGAACACGCCCAUUUCGCAACUGCAGCUCCCAGCUCCAGUAGCUACGAUUCCCUCCAAUGCCAGCGUUGCUGAAGCUAUUGCCUUGAUGAAGCAACACAAUGUGGAUCAACUGCCCAUGAUUGACUGCAAGUCUAGCACUGUCUUGGGUGUUAUCACCCAGGAGACGCUUAUUAAUCAAAUUGUGAGCAUGAAUCGUCAGAUGGAUGCACCCGCUCUUAAAGUUUUGAACAAGCGCAUCGUUCGUCUGCCGCCAUGUGAAGUUGUGGGCAAACUUGCUCGUAUCCUCGAGGUGGAUCCCAGUGUCUUGAUUGUUUCCAAAAAUGAAGCAGGCAUCGAGACUGCCUUGGCUCUAGCCAAGAAACUAGAUGUUACCAGCUUUAUAGCCGCUGGUCCCUGCUCCUCAAAUGGUCAUUAAAGCCAUUAAGUUUAUAAGUAAUUUGAGAGUUUUUUCGCUCAAGCAUUUAGACUAUAUAUUUUGAUAUUUUGGAUUAAAGUUUU